AUGGAGAAGAAAGACACGCCGCUACGAUUAAAUUGCCAGGUUGUCGUUCGAGAAUCGAAGAAGCGUCGUCAUCGCCAGCUCUCACCACGAUCAUUUACAUCAUGUCACAUGCCUACGAAAAAAUCUCCCAGCGAGCGAGCGAUCUUGGAUAGGGCAAUACGGUUGUCUACGAAGGAGGGGAGGUGGCUUUUAUUAUGCGGUUUCGGCUAUCUGCGACUUUAA